CGUGAAAUUGCUGGUGUUAAAGAAUCUAAAAUAAUUAUCUGCAAACAUAUUUCAUCAUCUGAAUUACUGGAUAAAAUUGUUUCAAUAUUUGGAUUAGAGAGUAUACGUAAUAACGUUAUUAUUGCCGUUAACGAGGAAUUUAUUUCUAAUGAUGUCGAGCUCGAACUCUGCGACAGAGAUGAAAUCGCAGUCAUCCCACCUCUCAGUGGAGGCUAAUACAGAGGAACAAAAAAAUAUCGUCAAACUCCAAAAAGAUAAGUUACAGGUUGAUGAAAUUGUCAGUUGUGUUAUUUCACCAUCUUGUGGUGCAAUAUCAACAUUUAUCGGAACAACUCGUGAUAAUUUUGAAUCCAAAAAGGUUAUUAAACUGGCUUAUGAAGCUUAUGAGCCAAUGGCAUUAAAAGAAAUGAAAAAUAUUUGUGAAAAAAUUCGCGCAAAAUGGGAUGUCAAGCAUAUUGCAAUUUUCCAUCGUUUGGGUGAAGUACCAGUCUGUGAAAGCAGUGUAGCGAUAGCUAUUUCUUCUCCCCAUCGCCGAGAAUCACUGCAAGCUGUUGAGUUUGCUAUUGACACUCUUAAGUCAUCAGUACCGAUUUGGAAGAAAGAAAUUUACGAGGAUCAGCAAUCAACUUGGAAGGAAAAUAAAGAAUAUGAUAAGCUUUUAAUCCCCAAAGUAGAACCGCUUGAUAGUAUCCAAGAGUCUUCAGCAGAAGAUAACAUUGUACAGUCUUUCAAGCAAGAUUUUGAUAAAUAUGAAGUAAAUCUUGAUCAAGUCCAAGUUAAGGCUAGCGCUGAUGAGCUUAAUAGAAGAAUUGAGUCAUUUAUUUUGAGGAAACGCCAGCAUGUUAAUAGUGUAAAUAUUCAAGAAUUUUGUCGUCAUAGACAUUUGAAUAGUCAAGUUGAAAAUUCGUGUGCCAGAGUCGAUGCUAUUUUAAUUCGUCGCAAAGACUCUAAAAGUCACGUCAAAGUUCAUCGUGUGUACAAUCCACAUGGACCGCAAACAAACUUUUCAUCUUCAAAUGAAUCAAAUCAACAAAACACUAGUUUGAAUUCAGCGUUAGAUGAAAGAUUGUCUGAGUCUGAAAGAUUUCUCGGGAUUGCCAAACCCGUUCCUCGUGAUAUUUAUGAACGUGUCAAAAAAAUAGAAGACAAAUUACUUUAUCUAGAAAGUAUUUCACCAGAAUAUAAAAAUAUUUGUAUACCACAAGAUGCGGACGAUGAUAAAAAUAAUCCUUCAAACAAAAGGACAUUUUCAACCGCAGAGUUGGACACAAAAUUAUUGGAACUCGAAAAUAGAUAUGCCAAAAAAAAAAAGUAAGAUCCAGUAGUCAGUCGUUCGUAACAAAAUAACGUACAAUUUGUCAAUCGAUCACGAGUAAUUGGUUAUUACUAUUUUUUUUUACGAAGAUUGAAAUGUUAAAACUGUAAUACGAUAAGAGAUUUUAUUAUGAAAUUUAAAUCUUGAAAAUGUCAUUGAAAGCUCAUUGAUAUCUUCAAUAGCUUAAUAGUUAUUGACCUAACAUUAUAAUAUAGUCAUCCAUAAAAAUUUUAUAUUGCAAUAAUACUUAACUAUCAAAUUACUAAUUCUUCAAUCCUCAAGUUGUGCGAUAAAAAUUUUAAAUUUCUUUUCGGUUGGGAAAUAAAAUUUAAAAAAUUUGAAUAAAUGCCGGGAACAAAACGUUGAAUUAAAUAUUCAAAGUUAAAGGGGUAAAGGCUGAAAUUAAAAGUUAAUCGAUCGAUGGCUGUAAUCCACCAAUCCCGUUUAUUUGUGAAUAACUUUUGGUGAUGACUGUACAGCAAAGUAGUUUGUCAUACGACUGGUAGAGGCAGUCGCCGUCGCGCUUCGAGACGGUAUGGCCGUAAACCGUCUGAAUUUUACCUCUUAAUUAUUGUAAGUUUAAAUUUUGACACACGUACGAAUCAGAAUAAAUUCAAGUGUCGGCCAAGGUUAAGAAUGGUGAUAUUUUUUUUUCUAUGUAAAUAAAACAAGUAAAGAGUA